AUGAAUCAGAAAAAUUACACAAUCCUCAAUGAAAAAAAAAUCAGACAACUCCAAAAGAAAGACAUCUCCAAAGUUUCCAAACAUCUCUCCAUUUCGAAAAGCUUAGCAUGCACCCUCUUGCGCGAAAACAACUGGAACGCAAACUCCGUUUUCGAAGAAUGGUUUUCCGACGAGGAAAAAGUUGGCGAGUCUGUCGGUUUAUUGCCGGAACAAGUAUCGCUAAACCCACCACCACCGGGCGACAACCUCCUCUGCAAGAUUUGCUUCGAAACAUUCAAGAUUGAAAACAUGUCGUCGGGGCCGUGCGGACAUCCCUUUUGCACUGAUUGCUGGAAGUCUUACGUUAGCGUCUCGAUCGACGACGGUCCGGGAUGCUUGGGAUUGCGUUGUCCCGAGCUUGAAUGCAAAGCCAAUCCAGGCCUGGAAUUAAUCGACUUGUUGGCUUCCAAAUACCAUAAAGACAGAUACUAUCGAUAUCUUCUCAGGUCCUACCUCGAGGGAAGUCGAAAGCGGAAGUGGUGCCAGGGGCCUGGAUGCAAUUUAGCAGUCCAAAUUCGUUACGAAGAACUGGAAAAUUACGAGGAGCUGAAAAAUUACGACGUGAUUUGCGAUUGUUCGUACGGGUUUUGUUGGAAUUGCUUGGAAGAGAGACAUCACCCUGUCGGCUGCAGAAUCGUACGCAAGUGGAUGAAACUGCAGACUUCCGAUACAGACAACAGUAAGUGGAUAGCGUCGUGCACCAAGAAAUGUCCGAAGUGUCGAAAGAAGAUCGAGAAAAACGAGGGAUGUGAUCACGUGACGUGUCCGAGCCCGUGUCGGUACGAGUUCUGCUGGUUGUGCCUGAGUCCCUGGAAAUUGUUCCACUUAUGCGACAAGUACAACAAGAGAAAAGAUAAGGAACGCCGAUUAGAGUCGACAAGGGAAAAAUUGAAGAGAUAUGCACAUCACUCCGAAAGAUGGGCCUGGAAUCAUAAAUCCAGGGAAACUGCCCUUGAUAAACUUCGUCUGGCAAAGAAGUAUAAAUUGCCGUUCGCGAUCGAAGCGCUAGAGCAGAUAGUUGAAUCCAGGCGAGUAUUGAAAUGGAGUUAUGCGUAUGGGUAUUACUUGGAUUCAACCGAAAAACAUAAGGUCAUAUAUUUUCGGUACUUGCAAGGGGAGGUAGAGGGUGCCCUGGAAAAGCUUCACCGUUAUGCGGAAAAAGAGAUAGUAAAAUACGCGAAAGUCAAUUUUCCUUUGGAUGAUUUCACGGAGUUUCCGGCGAGGCUUGUGGACGCGACCGAUGUCGCGAGGAGUUGCACUGAGAAGGUAGUUAGAGCAAUGGCGAACGAUGUUUCUGAAGCCGAGACACGAAGGUUUUCUUGGGUAGUGUUGAGGGACCUUUUUCCGAGAAACCGAUGUCGUAUUUUGUUUGUUCGUAAUAUGGUUUUGAUUCUUGGUGGCUAUUGCAUUGUUAGUAAUUUGAGGUUUUGGUUCAAGGAAAUUUGUGGAAUUAUCUGUUUGUUGAUGCUCAUGCUAUUUAUCGUUUCUUUCGGACGGAGGCUCGUACGGCGGUUACAAUAA